UACUAAGCUCACUGCAGUACUGAAGAUUAAAUUUUGAAAUUUAUGAAAUACAGCAGGCGGUGAGCCUAAAAUUCAUGCACUAAAAAAAUCUUCGGUAAGGCGAAAUUGCAAGUUCAUAAUGACUUCUUUAGAAGCAAAAAGGGAGCAGUUUAGAAAAUAUCUUGAAAGAAGUGGUGUUAUAGAUGCGUUAAGUAAGGCUCUUAUCAAGCUCUAUGAAGAGGCAAAUAAACCCGACGAUGCAGUCCGAUUUAUCCGAAAGCACCUGUGUGAUACCUGCCCCGAUGACGAGGCUUUCGAUAAUAUGAAAGCUGAUUUGAUUGAAGCAAAUAAUACGAUCAUUGAGUUGGAACGCGAGCUAAACCGAGUGAGAGGCAACAUAAAACGGACACCAAGCGAAGUACUCAAAAUCCUGGAAAAUGGCAUGCAACGGUUAGACAAAGAAGAGAGCGAGUCGCCCAUUAGAAAGUAUUUGCCUGGAGCAUUUGAGGAGUUGAAAGAUUUGAAGAGCAUGUUUGGUACGACAAUGGCCGAUAUCUUUAAUGCAGGAUUUGAAAAUCCGCAUAGUGAAAAACUCGCUGUCUAUGUGGGAGACCAUGAUUGUUACAAUAUCUUUGCAACUGUUUUGGAUCCAAUCAUCCGAGAUUAUCAUGGAAUUCCGGAAGAUGAGGAUUUCAAGCAACCUGAAACUGAUUUCGGAGACCCAACGACUUUGAAAAAUUUGGAUCCUGACGGCAAAUUCAUCAAAACGACGAAAAUAAGAGUUUCGCGUAAUAUAGAGGAAUAUGCAUUUCUCCCUAAGAUGUCUGAGGAGGACUAUGCAACUGUAAUGGAAAGGACUUCUCAGGUUCUUAUGUGCCUCGAAGGAGAACAAGAUGGCACGUUUUACGCACUUGAAGAUAUUGAUUCCGAAACUAAGAAGGAAUUGAUUAAAACACAUGUGGCGUUUGAUAAAGUUAACAAGUUACUAGAGGCAGGCGGCGGAUAUCGUUUUUGGCCAACCGGGCGAGGCAUUUAUUACAAUGCCCCCCGGACUUUUGCUGUCUGGGUGAACGAAGAAGACCACUUGCAAGUUAUUUCUAUGUCCCAAACAGGAAGCCUCCCCGAAAUCUAUCGAAGGCUGAUUAACGCCAUGCCGACAAUUGAAAAAGACUUGAAAUUCCGACGUGAUGAUAAAUAUGGCUACAUGACAGCGUCCCCCACUAACUUAGGGAGUACCCUGCGCGCUUCCGUACAUAUCAAUUUGCCAAAAUUAUCAGCAGAUGUGGACAAAUUGCGUGAGACCUGUAAAUCUCUGAAUCUUGAAGUACGAUUGCGUGAGGAAGAAAUUGAACCUUCAUUGGAAAUUGCAAAUAAACAGAAAUUGGGGAUUACUGAAUAUGAAGCUGUUAAGAUAUUUCAAGAUGGUAUUCUUGAGUUAAUUGCCCAAGAAUCUGAGAAGUAGGUGGACCUAGGAUAUUCGAUGAUUGUUUUUAGUGAAUUUACGUACAUUUUGGAAAAUAUAUUGAUUUGAAAACAUA